AUGUACAAUAUGUUUUCGAAAGUGCCGCAAAGACCGUUAAUCGUUGCGAUCAAGAAAAGUUCUACGCAAACGGAAUAUUUUAAUGUCUGGUCAAGAUGUAACUUCUCCUCUCAAAGAAUACCGUCCGAUUUGAAAGAAAGUCAAGAGAAAACUGUAAGAUCAUUUCCACCAUUGACGGAGUCUAUUCCGGAUCUGCCAAGGGCCGUUUAUUCUUCUGCGAAAGAGGAACAUCAAACAACACAAAUUACAGUCUUGUCAAAUGGUUUGAAAGUUGCAUCAGAAAAUCGAUUUGGACAAUUUUGUACCAUAGGUGUUCUUAUCGACUCGGGUCCACGAUAUGAAGUAGCAUAUCCCAAUGGCAUCUCUCAUUUUCUGGAAAAAUUAGCAUUUGGUUCUACAAAUACGUAUGAGAACAAGGAUAAGAUAAUGUUGGCACUAGAAAAACAUGGUGGUAUAUGCGACUGCCAGGCGUCGCGUGACACUUUUGUCUAUGCAGCGUCCGCAGAACGUCGUGGUUUGGAUAUAGUGACUCAAGUUUUAGGUGAUAUCGUUUUAAGGCCUCAAAUUACAGAGGAAGAGGUGCAAAAUGCCAGACAAACAGUACAAUUUGAAUUGGAAUCUUUACAUACCAGGCCAGAACAAGAACCUAUAUUAAUGGAUAUGAUUCAUGCUGCUGGAUAUAGACAUAACACAUUAGGUCUAUCAAAAAUCUGUCCAGAAGAAAAUAUCGAAAAGAUCGACAGAAAAUCGUUGCACACGUACCUCAAGUAUCAUUAUGUACCGAGUAGAAUGGUAGUUGCUGGAGUUGGUGUGGAACAUGAUGACUUAGUUCAGGCUGUUAAUAAAUACUUCGUGGAACAAAAACCUAUCUGGGAAGAGCAACCUGAUCUUAUCCUGCAAAAUAACGCAAAUACUGUAGAUAGGUCUAUCGCGCAAUAUACCGGAGGAUAUAUUCUGGAUGAGUGCAAUGUGCCGAUUUAUGCGGGACCUAGUGGCCUGCCGGAAUUGUCACACGUUGUCGUAGGUUUAGAAGGCUGUUCUCAUCAGGACCCAGAUUUCGUUGCUAUGUGUGUAUUAAAUAUGAUGAUGGGAGGCGGCGGCAGUUUUAGUGCUGGCGGUCCUGGUAAAGGCAUGUAUACGCGAUUGUACACCAAUGUGUUAAACAGGUAUCAUUGGUUGUAUAGUGCAACUGCAUACAAUCAUGCUUACGCUGACACGGGUCUGUUCUGUAUUCAUGCCUCGUGUACACUAUCUCACGUAAAAGAUAUGGUAGAAGUAAUUGUGCACGAAAUGGUCGCCAUGGCAAGUGCAGUCUCAGAUAGUGAAUUAGGGAGAGCAAAGAAACAGUUGCAGUCGAUGUUACUGAUGAAUCUGGAACAACGGCCCGUUGUGUUUGAAGAUAUUGGCAGACAAGUUCUAGCAACUGGUUCCAGGAAACGGCCAGAAUUCUUCAUACAAGCCAUUGAUGGAAUAUCUAAGGAUGACAUUAACAGAGUAGCAGGACGUUUAUUAAAAUCGCGACCUUGUAUAGCGGCACGCGGCGAAACAAAGACUGUACCCUCUAUCGCGGACAUCCAAAGUGGUUUGUUGAACGCGAAAGGUCGGUUACCAGGUUCUCGCACCAGAUUAUCGCUUUUUCGUUGAAACUAUGCAUAAAGUAUACAAGCGGUUUUCAUCUUAAAUAAAUGUCGCGUAAUCGAUUGUACAUGAGUAAUACUGUAAUACUUUGACUUUACAUUAGAUUGAAUCUUGUAUGAAAAAUAUUUGUUUCUUUGUCAUUAAAUUUGUUUAGAUAACUAUCAAAAUAAUUGUGAAUUUCCUAGUUUCUCAUCGAAUAACAAUAUUACUAUUUACUACGUGAUAUAAGUAAUAAUAUUGAAUAAAUCAAUUAUAGUAUCUUCGA